GGAGACUGUUGACAACUGAAGUUACUCCUCAACGUUCUUUUGCAGUUAAGGAUAGAGUGACACAAGAGGAAGUUGAUUCUAAAGAUGAUGAAAAGGUUGAUGACCCGAAAACAGCAAGUCACCUCAGAUGACAUCACAGUCACCUGACCAUUCUUCUUCCCAGAGCAGUAACUCCAAGAGACCUAGAAAUCCACCAUGUGAGGAAAAUAAAGAGAAACAAACAAAGAAGAGAAAAAAAUCAGGUUCUAAGCGUGGUAACCCAGUUUCUGAGAAAGAGAUUCCUAGUAAGCCAGUGGAGGAUAAGGUGUCAACUGUUGAAGUGUCUACAGCUGAAGAGGAGGAGAUGCAGUGUGAAAUAUUAACAGAGGCUAUAAUGGAGAGUCUAGAUGAAGCAGCAAAGAAAUUAGGCAGAGUUAGAAAAUUAAAUGUGGCAGUGGUAAAGAAAAUGCAUAGCAUAUGGAGGUACACACUUGAGGAAGGAAGGCAGAGUCAUCCACCAAGUGUCAUAUCAGCUGCCUUUAGUAAGCUUGUGGAGAGGCAUCACAUGAAUGGCAAAGGUAAAGUUGACCCAAAGCCCAAGAACAAGUGCAAGAAGGCUGAUGAAGGAUCAUUGAGAACUCCUACAUCAAGGGAUUACUUGCAAGCAAAGCAUACUUCCGAUAUAAGACUGCCACAGACAAGUGCUAUAGAAUCAAAAGAACACUCGGUUCUGGAUGUUACAUUAAACACUGAAAAAACUAUCAUUAGUCCAAGGGCUUUACUAAAGCAGUAUGAAAAUAAGUUGGAUCUUACAAAUUCAGAUAAACUGAAAGACAGUAUGCAUAUUAGUGGAACAGGAGAAAUUUCUCUUGAACAAGAAAAUAUAAAUAAAGAUAGAAUGGAGUGUAGUGGUUUUGCUCAAGCAAAGGAACAUAAAGAUGUCUCUGCAAAUUUAGAGACAAUAACUGACAUUACAUCACAAUGCCAUGCUAAGGGAAGAGGUAUAAGAACACCAAAAUUUCACAGAGCUAUGAGUGCCAGUUGUCCUAAGACUGUAGUAGUUAAUCCUAUAAACUUCUUACAGCGAUAUGAAGAACAGUCAAAGGAACAGCCAAGGAAAGAUCAUUGUGUGAAUACAGGUUAUGAAUCCCCAUCCUCUUCAGUAGACUACUUCAUGCAAGUAUUGUCAAAGAAUGGACAAAGACAAAAGUCUUUAGAUUCUAAUGUUCGUAUGAGCAGGACAGAUGAAUACUGGAGAAGUAAAAAUAGUAAUAAUUGUUAUUUUCUGGACACAAGACAAGAUGAGUUAGGGGAUGGCAAGAUUAAUGAAGGAGAGAUUUGUAAGAUCAGAGAAGGGUGUAACGGUAGGAAGUGUAUGACAAAUACUGGAAGCAGAAUAUCUGCUGAACAAGCAAAAUUUGAAUCCGAUAAUUCAGCCAUUGUGGACCGGUUUUGUUAUCCACCAGAUGCCUUAGUUCAAAAAAUGAGAAUUGCACCUAGUCAUUCAAUCUGCAAUUCAUCUGUACCACACUUUUCAUUAAAUUCAUAUUCUCUUUCUCAUCCAGAUGAUUCUCAUUUCAAUGUUAUUUCAAGUGAUAAAUAUGCAUCCAGUUCAGUUCUAAACAAGCCUGUCAUGCAUCCAAUGUCACAAAUACAGGAUAUAUAUCAAAGGCAUAUUCCUUCAACUGUAAGUAUGGCCCACAGUAAACUGGAUCAUAGGUUCCUUACUGACCAUCCUCCAGGGGAUCCAACACUCAGAAACAUGACUCAGCCCAAGGAGUCUGUUUUUUCCACAAUGAAUGAUCAUAGACAGGGCAGUGGAAGGCCCCCAUUUAUGCAUACUCAAAGUCAUGCAUGUUGUAAAAAUAGUGAAGGGGCAUGGCCAUUUCAGGGGGACUACCAGUAUGGGAGUACUUACAAUAGUAGAAGACAAUAUGUUCCAGAGGGAGCCCCUUAUCCAUUAACAGGAUUUAAUUAUGAUUUAAAGUCAAACAUUUGUGGAGAUGAGCCAUGCAGCGAAGGCAGUAGCCAGAAUUCAAGUUCACAGGAGGUAACAAGACUUCAGCAUCCCCACCCUCACCCAGCAGGAAGGGAUGGUAAUGCAGCUUGUGUGAGAGACUGGGUGGAUCACCGGGAACCACAAGAGAUUUGGCCACCAAAUAGUCACUGUAAUCAGAUUACCAGUCGGUCAGAAUUCAGCCCCCCCAAACUAUGUGUAGAAAGUAAUCCUUCUCCAGAAGAAAGGUUUUAUAGACGUAAACUUUAUUAAUCACUCUAUCUUUCAUAAUUCUGCAUAAGUCAUCGGUAUAUUCUCAUUUUCCUCAAAUAUUUGGAUAGGAUUAAAUGUUGUAUGUCAUCAUGCUAGAAUUUAUACGUAUAGUAAUAUGUAUGUAAACCCAAAGUUACCUGCUGUAGCUACAACUAAAGGAAUUCUCAUUAU